GCCGUUGAAACGUUGCGCAUAAUUUUUAGUCGCUCUAAAUACGCAUUGGAAAUUAAUUGGCAAGAAUUAUUUUUGAAUAAAAGUGCAAAAUGAUCAAGAGUGAGGAAGUGGUGUCCGAUUUGAAUAGUCGCAGCAUGGAGCAGCUUGGCGGUUUUCUGCCCGCCACGCACUAUCAUCAUCAUCAUUCGCAUCAUCAUUUGGCACCACAGCACACACACACGCAUGCGGAUCCACAACUACAUGCGCACCACACGCAUUUGUAUCGCAGUGGCAACUUCUUGCCUGCGAGCAAUUACCAGCCCAUGGGUGGCGACUCACCCACAGAGCUGGCGGAUGAGAAGCCCAACAUAAACUACAUGGAACGCAAGUACUACACCACAGCGCUGGAUGCCGCAGGCAAUCCCAGCAGCACACCUCAGCACUACGGACUGAGUGCCCUGCAUAGCAUAAGCACGCCGCCGGCUUCCUCCAGUCCCAUACCGCCAUAUGGCGUGCUCAUGAGCGCCCACUCAGCGGGCUCGGCGUCGCCCAAUUCGAGCUCCAAGACGCCCACAGAGCAGGAGCUGCAAUAUGUAAGCUCUUCGGCUGUGAAGCCGCUGCAGCUGCAGCCCAUGAAUCAUCAUGCGUCCACCAUUAGAUACUGCUCCAACAACACCAUACUCAGCGCCAAUGAAUAUCAGCUGGCCAUGCACGAGGCGGAGCAGCAGCAGCAGCAGCAGCAAUCACACGCUCAGCAAUCGCAGCAUCAACAGCAGCAGCAGCAACAGCAGCAACAUUCUCCCUCCAGCAGCGCUUAUAUGCCGCGCAUGUCCAGCUCACCCAGUCAGGUGAUCUCACAUGCACAUGGCAUGCCCGUGAUGAACUACUCCAGCGCCAGUUCCUCGCCAGCUAAAUCGCUAAACGGCUCCGAUUCAACAUCCACAGCGGCGCAACAGAGUCCCAGCAUGCAGCAGUCCUCCAAGUCAGCCAAUCAGGACAAUCACACGCCGGAUAUAGCCAAAAAGUCGGGCACUCGUCGGCCUGAAAAGCCAGCGCUAAGCUACAUCAAUAUGAUUGGACACGCCAUCAAAGAGUCCUCCACGGGCAAGCUGACGCUAAGCGAAAUUUAUGCUUAUCUGCAAAAGAGCUACGAGUUCUUCCGCGGCGAUUAUAUGGGCUGGAAGAACUCGGUGCGCCAUAAUCUGAGUCUCAACGAGUGCUUCAAGAAGCUGCCCAAGGGCAUGGGCGUGGGCAAGCCCGGCAAGGGCAACUACUGGACAAUAGAUGAGAACUCGGCGCACUUAUUCGAGGAUGAGGGCAGUCUGCGUCGACGCCCACGUGGCUAUCGCUCCAAAAUCAAGGUCAAGACAUAUGCCGUCAAUCCCAAUGGCUUCUACAGCGGCAGCUAUGGCGAUGCGGGCAUGGAUAAUGCCAACUUUUAUGCCACACCCAGCUACGCUAGCUAUGACUAUGCUGCUCCAAACGGCGUUAGUGUGUCCUCAGCUCAAGGCUUUAGCGAUGCGUGGAACGUGCAUGCGGCGCACAGUGGGGCCAAUGUCAUUGGUGUGGGUGGAUUGCCGCAGUACUCAAACAUCUCCAGCCUGUCGGCGGUGGGCAAUAAUCUGAAUGGCAGCUCACCCACUCCGCCGUUGGCGCACUCGGCUCUGGGCAUGGCAACAGCAGCGGGCACGGGCGCGUCAGUGUCGGCGCUUCAAAGUGAUUAUGCGCCAGCCGCCAGUCUCGUGGCUGCUGGUUACUCCUAUGCAACAAGUGGCAGCGGCUUGGAUAACGGUCUGCGCUCCAUGUCGUUGCAACAACUGCACGCCUUGCCCUCAAUGACGCCGCCGCCAUCGCAGUCCCAAGCUGGCAAUCAUGUCAUGGAUCGUUCGCCCAUUGAUCUGAAACCGGUCUACCUGCCGCCCAUUACUCCGCCUCCCACGGUGAACGGAGGCUACUAUGAGACCAUAAAAUAUUCAAAUUAAAUAUGUAUAUUAAUUUAAUUGUAUUUGGCAUUAUUACCUCAAAGGA